AUGAACACCACAAAUGUAUCUCGUGGUGGCGUAUAUAAUGUUGUGAUCGGCAAUCGUGAUUGGUUGCGCCGCAACCAGAUACGUCUCCCUCUUCUUCUUCUACCAGGUACACAGGCCACUCUAUGCAACCCUUUACAGGUGUCAGAUAAUGUGACCUCCAACCUGGCGUUCUCGUCGAGUGCGGCUUACUCUUCUUCCUGCCCUUCAGCUACUGAUUCUGCUCUUCUUGUACCGGUUGCAGAGAAUUCUUCUGUUCUUUCGGCUGCACCUGGGCCGACUGUGCGUGACUGCUCGCUUGACGAUCCGAGAGGUCCUGCAACAUGUGGUAGCUGGCAGGAGGCAGUCAGCCUUGAAGCCUUUCUGUCUCGAGAUGAGGAAGAUGGUCAGACCGUUGUG